AUAAUGCUGGCAGCAAAAUUUUCAUUGAGGUUAUGUGAUUUGUUUUGGUGACCGCACAUUGUGCACCAUGACCAGUGAACUUGAAGAUGUUGAGGAUUCUCCUGAUCAAGAACGAAAGCUAAAGACAUCCAGAAGUAACUACAAAUGCCCCUGGGAAAAUUGUGGUAAAGGAUUCCGGAGAGAAAAUGAAUUUGACAGACAUUUAUUCACCCACACGGGCAUUAAAAAGUACUCGUGUGAGGUGGAAGGAUGCAAAAAGAGUUACAUAAUUGGUGAUCAUCUGCGGAGACACGUGAGGGUAUCGCAUGAAGUCAUUGAAUCCGAAGAGAUCCCGUGCACAGCUCCUGAUUGUGGGAUGAUUUUCACAACAAGGAGUAACAUGGUGAGGCACUACAGGAGAAAGCAUGAGAAUCCAAGAGUUUUCAAGUGCGGGGAUUGCGACGAAACAUUCCGGAGGAAGGAUCAAGUUCGGAGGCAUCGAAUGAAGCACACAGGGCAAUUUCCACACAAUUGUGACAUCUGUGGGAAGGGAUUCAUCAAUUUGAAAGCCUUCCGGAAUCACACAAUUGUCCACAGGCGCAUCAAGUGCCCCCAGUGUGAUGGUGAGGUGAACAAUUGGACGGAAUUGGUGGCUCAUCGACGCAGAGAGCAUCGGAAUGCAUUUAAAUGUCCUACGUGCGGGAAGGAAUUCUCCACAAAACACCGCCUACGUGGUCAUGAAGUCAUCCACAGGGAACGUGGAGAGCAACCCAGCUUUACGUGUGAAGCCUGUGGAAAGGAUUUCACGCGGAAAUCCAAUCUUGUGGCACACAUUCGGUCUGUGCACGAACACCAAAGACAUCCCUGUGCUGUGUGCGAUGCAACGUUGUCAACAAAACGCAAACUUCAGCUGCACAUGGCCAAAAUUCACACAGACAAGCCCCGAGAAGCUCCACGGGCAUCCCAAAGACCACGCAGGAAGCGCAAAGAUGCGGGAAAACCAAAAAUUUCAAUGGCAUCACUACUCGCAAAUGUUUCCGUCUCAUCGGAAAUUGAUAAGAUUCUCAUGAAGAACGAAGGACGCUGCCUGGAGAUUGACUACACCCACAUGGAGUAUAGAAGUGGAUCAGCCACUGAUACGGAAUCAGAGAAAAAUCUCCCAAUUUCCGGCGUUAGGCUAACACUAAAGGGGCAUAUUUAGGAUUUUGUGUAAUUAACUAUUUUAUUAAUUUAUUGUUUUUUUUUUACAAAAAAUGUGUUUUACGUAAAUAAC